AUGGCCAAAACGGGUGUAACUGAAGGUGGAUCCUCCUUAAUGGCCAACCUGUGGGGACUUAUCAAAAAGGCUGAAACUAAUGGUGACAUCAGAGGAGUAUCUAUUUGCAGAAAUGGCCCACGGGUUUGGCGUACGAUUAAUAAUCCAGAUUCUUUAUGCCAUAGAGUGUUCAAAGCUCGAUUUUUUCCGGAUUGUUUAAUCUUUGAAGCUAAGGAUUCUACUUUGGGGUCCUAUGCAUGGAAGAGCAUUAUAAGUGCUAGGGAUGUGAUUCGGGAAGGGAUGGUUUGGAGGAUUGGGAAUGGGCAAUCUGUAAGAAUAAGGGAGGAUAAGUGGCUGCCGGUUCAAUCCAACAGGUCAGUCAUCUCAUCUCUUCCUUCAGUUGCACCAGAAACUAAGGUGAGCUCCCUAAUCAAUCCGGAGUUGAGAGGGUGGAAUUCGUCCUUGGUGAAUCAGCUUUUCCUACCCUAUAAAGCCUCUGUUAUUUGCGGCAUGCCCCUGAGCAUAAGACUUCCUCUUGACAAAAUCAUAUGGGGCCUCACUCCUUCUGGUAUGUUCACAACAAAGAGUGCAUACAAGCUUCUUGUUUCUUGUAAUUCUACUAACCUUGCAGGUACAUCAUCAUCUGAGAAUCAAAGGUUGUUCUGGAGAAGUUUAUGGCAGCUUAGAGUGCCAAACAAGCUCAAGCACUUUUCCUGGCGUGCGUGCAAUGAUGCCUUGCCCACAAUGACCAACUUGGUUAUGAGACAUAUUGCCACCACAGAGGUCAAGGAAGAUUACAGAGUCAAGAUCUUCGUCAUCAUUGCCUGGAUGCUGUGGAACCGACGCAAUGCUCUGAGACUCAACCUUCAAGUCCAGCCUCUCAACCGUAUCAGCUCUUUGGCCGGAAGUUACCUUCAAGAAUUCUUGGACGUCCAAGACCAGACACCAACUGCUACGGACCCUUCUCUGCCUCAGCAAUGGCAGCCACCUGAUGAAAAUAAGUUCAAAGUUAAUUUUGAUGCUGUGGUCUUCAAGUCUUGUAACCAAGCAAGGCUAGGUGUGAUUGUCCGGGACUGGCGUGGUGAGGCUAUUGGACCAUUAUCCAUGUUAGUUCCUGCUGCUCAAACAGUUGUGGAGUUAGAAGCCUUUGCUUGUCGCCGAGCGGUGCUGUUUGCGGUGGAGCUAGGCCUUCAAGAUGUUGUCUUUGAGGGUGACUCCCUCCAGGUGAUCCAAGCUCUUAAUCUGGACAGCACAGAUCACUUGACUUAUGGCCACAUUCUCGAGGAUAUCUGA